UACACCCCCAAAUUCUGUCCCCCAUUAGUUAGAACGGAGUUCGCUUCAGGCAAAAAAUGAGGCAACCUCCAACCUCCAAGAAAGAUCCGAGUUGAAUUUCAAUUGAAACCUUUGAAGCAAGCUACUAUGGACCACACUUAGCUAGAAAGAGCUAGUAAUCCUCGGUUUCUCCCCUCUAUCAAGAUUGAUGGAUAGAUGCUCUUUGUUUUUAGAGUUGUUCAAAAGUAUUAUCCAAGAAGAUGAUAUCCACUCGACACUGUCGAACCUUGACCUCUAGAAUCUUGCGAGUGUCCCACCGAACCUAUCACGAGCUUUCGUUCCUGCAAACGGGGGAUCCCAGUGAGGUUCUUCAGCAUUACUCCAGUGAAAACCAAACGCACCAGGAAGAGCCAGACCAAAAGGAAGGAGACUUUGUACGGGUCCACAUGCUGGCAGCACCGUGGAAUCCCGCUGACAUGAAUGUAAUUCAAGGAAAGUACCCUUCACCCGUCAAGAAUCCACCUGCGCAGCCACCCAGUUGGCAAGGUCCAGGGUGGCGUGUGGCAGGAUCCGAAGGAUGGGGUCGUGUCAUGGAAAGCAGCACAAACUGCAACAUUGAUCCAGGAACGCUGGUAACCUUGGGCCAAUCUGGAAUGGGAACCUUCCGGUCCUCUCUUUGGCUUCCCACGCAAGCUGUGAUCCCUGUGGACCGAGGAGAAGAACUCGAAGACACGCUGGGAUCUGCCAUGGCAUCUUCCAUUUUUCAAUUGGGAGGGACAGCUCUUCGAAUGCUGCAAGAUUUUGAAAGUCUCGGUGGUCACUCGGGAGUGGUGGUUCAAAAUGCUGGAAACUCAGCCGUGGGAUGGAUGGUCAGUCAGUUGGCGGCAACUCAAAAUGUCAAAGUCGUUAGUUUGGUGCGACGGGGUUCCAAAACAGAAGACGAAUAUAACGAAAUGGUGGACGCUUUGACGCAGCAAUCUACCAAUACCACUCGUGUCAUUGCGCAAGACGAUUUGCUCAAUGAUAAAGGGGCUCUCAAGGCAUUGCAAGCAGAGCUGGGAACGCAAGCGCCCCGUUUAGCUAUAAAUGCUACAGGUGGCGACAGUGCCACCUUGUUGCUCAAGUUGUUAGCCCCAGGAGGGACCAUGGUAACCUACGGUGGCUUAUCCAUGCAACCAGUCACAGUGGCAACACCAAUGCUCAUUUUUAAAGAUGUCAAGGUGAGAGGUUAUUGGCACAGUCGAUGGAUGCUGCAAUCAUUUCCCCAGCAACGAAAGAAAAUGGUGGAUGAGUUGGCAGGUCUUGUACUGGAUAAGGGAGUACAAUGCCCACCCAUUGAGAUCUUCUCUCUUGACAGAUUCCAGGAUGCCUUCCAGUUUGAAACAGAACAAUCCGCACAAGCCGUGAGGAGAAAGGUUGUGUUUGAUUGCCAAGAAGAAGCGCAGUGAACCUGCCAUAUGGGCUGAGUCGAGUCGAGUCGAGUCGAGUCUGCCAUGUUGGAGACCUACAAAACUACUUCUACCGUAUUGGCCCUGCCCUCAAGCUGACUUAAAUAAAUUGGCGCGCACACAUACAGUUUCCUGUGCCCUUGGACUAGAAUUGAUUUCUGCCACCUCCAUAUCAUGGGUUUGGUCUCGUUGAACGCGUCAACUUGCCACAAGUCUACAAGUGCUGCAACAAGGGGUCUAGUAUCACUUGGUACUAGAAAUGAACUUAGAGGUAACGCACCGAACUCAAUAGUUCCAAACUACUGAAGCGUCAUAGUUGGCGUUUCAAAGGCUUGCCUUCGCUUCUGGUUUAUAGAACAAGCAGGAAGCUGCAUCAAAUGUAUUCUUUGGAGGCAUGCUCAACUCUUUGCUGUAUUCCACCGCAGGCUGAUCGUUCCUUUCGAAAACACAGAUAUGCAUUUCGCAAUGGACCGAAUGCAGCAAAGGUUGAAUGGUUGGAAAGCACAUUUCGUCCUGGAAUCUAGGGUCUCCACAGAAGUGAAGAUCUUUCAUGACCUGUCCGUGGAAAAACAAGGCACAGUUAGUCUCACGUUGGAUACUGAACGACGUUAUUGUAAGCAUCGACACAGUGGAAGCAAUCUCACCUGUGGUAGAACGUGAGUUCUAAAAUUAUUAGCCUCUGCAAUGGGCUGAAUAUCCUCCACAAUCAGCACGCCACCGGGUUCAAUGCGUGGGAACCAAAAGAACAGACUUGUUGCCAUGUGCUGUGCCAAAUGAGCUCCAUCAUCAAUCACCACCUUUAGCGGUGGAGCAUCGGGUCGUUUCAUUUGCGUAGUCCAAAUAUUGUGAAGAAAGUCAUAGUCACUGGCGUCUCCACAAUGCAACUGCUUGGUAUCCAAAUAGUGCUGAUAGUUUGGAUUCUUGGACGCAAAGUUCCCCCAUGGCCAUUUUCCCUCUGCCCUGGGACCAGGUUCGAUACAGGCAAUCUCCAUACUGUGUGUUUCAGC